UACCCAUCUCACAAUGAGACCCUAAUAACCAAUUUGUGGCUAAAGGAGUGUAUUUUGGAAGCAAUAUAGAGGCUAACAACCAAACCAACCGACAACGCUUGAACUCAUUUGACACCAACAAAACAAAAACCCUCCCAAAUCAUAGAUCCGAUCGUCUUUUUCAAUCUUCCCUCCUAUUCUGAAUACUCAUUCUCAUCCUCCUUCAAAUCUCGUAAUCCUCCUCAUUUUUCCUCCAUUAUCGAUCUACAAAUUCGCCAUUUCCAUACCUCGAUUCCUAAUGGAAGGAUAUGAAAUCCAACGACUUUUCACUAUUAAAUACAGAGCAUAAUGAAUUGUUAAGCUGUACAUCUCUCAGUCGCGAGCCGUCCUACUCCAACUGGCGUGAUUUUAAUCAGCUCGUAAAUACUCAAAUUCAACCAGUUGAAGUAGAGGAAAGUGACGAUUUCGAGUUGCCAUUAAAUCGACAACUACAAGCAAUUGGAAUGGAUAAGCACGGUGAUUUCGAAAGAGACGAUGAUGUUGUUGUUUAUAAUGGCAAGAACAGUUAUGUACCUUUCAAUGUUGAAGUUAGGGAUGAAGAAGAUAGGAAUCAGAGUAGUGUGAGUAAUACCAGUGAAAUUACAGCUGCUAAUGUGCUUAGAACUUUGUUUUUCAUCUGCGUUUGGUAUACUUUCAGCUUGUUUUUGACACUGUAUAAUAAAUCCUUGUUAGGGGAUCACAUGGGGAAGUUUCCAGCUCCCUUAUUGAUGAACUCAUUUCACUUUUCCAUGCAAGCUGUAUUAUCUAAAACUAUUACUUGGAUAUGGCAUGAAAGGUUUCACAAAGGUGUACGAAUGACAUGGAGAGAUUACUUUGCUAAAGUUUUUCCAACAGCGCUUGCGACAGCACUGGAUAUUAACCUAAGCAAUGCCUCACUUGUUUUCAUAUCUGUUACAUUUGCCACUAUGUGUAAAUCAGCGUCUCCAAUAUUUCUUCUUCUCUUUGCUUUUGCUUUCAGGUUGGAGUCUCCAAGUUAUAACCUUUUUGGAAUCAUUCUAGUUAUCUCAUUUGGAGUUCUGUUGACUGUCGCGAAGGAUACAGAAUUUGAGAUUUGGGGAUUUGUCUUUGUUAUGCUUGCUUCUGUUAUGUCUGGCUUUCGCUGGUGUAUGACACAAAUUCUUCUUCAGAAAGAAGCCUAUGGGUUAAAGAAUCCACUUACCUUUAUGAGUUAUGUGACCCCAAUCAUGGCACUUGUGACUGGUUUAAUGUCCCUUCUUCUGGAUCCCUGGGAUGAGUUUCCUCAGAAUGAAUAUUUCAAUAGCUCCUGGCAUAUCACAAGAAGUUGUUUGCUUAUGCUUUUUGGCGGUUUUCUGGCCUUUUUUAUGGUACUAACGGAGUAUGUCCUGAUAUCAGUAACUAGUGCAGUAACUGUUACAAUAGCUGGAAUUGUUAAGGAGGCUGUCACCAUAAUUGUUGCUGUCUUUUACUUCCAUGAUGAGUUUACAUGGUUGAAAGGGAUUGGUCUUCUGAUAAUCAUGAUUGGUGUCAGUUUAUUCAAUUGGUUCAAAUAUCAGAAGCUUCAGGAGGUUCAAGUCAGUGAAAAUGCAGGGGAACAGCCAGUUGCAUCUAAUAUCCCUGCAAAAUAUGUGAUUCUUGAAGAGGCAGAUGAUCAUAUCUGAAAAUAAUAUCUGUUGUACUAGUUUACUCGAGAGAGAUCUCCUUCUACUAAACGUCAACCUGUGAAAAGAGCACAUAUCUCUCUUAACAGACUGUAAGUACACCACAUAUCUCCUCAACCUUCCAGUUGAACUGUUGGCAAAGCCUGCAGAUGUUCGUGGGAGAUUCAGUCGACGUGAUUCGUUUUUAUAUCAAAUAUGGACCUCCUCGCCUUCUGCGCCUCACCAAUUGUGGGAGCAUUGUACCAUCAAGCUGCUUGUUGUACCGUUUUUGCCUUUUGUGUAACCUUUGUACUAGUCACUAGCUUGUAUGUACACUAUUAAAAACAUCAAUUUUUUUUUCUGCCUUUUUGAACUAGGCGAAACUGUUAGCCAACUUGUGUACAUCAAUGUCGUUGCCAAUUUUGUCAAUCUUCGAUUUCAUAUAAAUUUAAAUAACAUUCUUUAAGUAAA